AUGAUGACCCCAUAUAGGGGUAGAGGCCGCGGUUAUGGCCGUGGUGGGAGAGGGAGUAACAAUAUGUUACCCCAGCCAGAAUCAAACAUUCCUCUAAUAGGGGAUUGGACUACUAUCUACAAAGGUAGAAAAAUGCAGCAAUUACCUGCAUCUUCAGCAAAAAGGAAAGAUAUUGCUUCCUCUUCCUCUAAUAAAACUACAUCCUACAAGGAAGUUGCGGUUAAUAACCCACCUCAAGAACAAAUGGAUUAUUUUGAAAAUCCAGUAACUGAGAAAAUCAUGUAUAUUGAUGAUGAAGAUAUAAAGAUAAAUCUAAAUGAUGGAUGGUCUAUCAAAAUUAGAUACCUCGAAUCAAGAGGAUAUCCAGGUCUUCAUGGAAAAUCUAGGCCCAACCUAGAAAUUCUCCUGACUGUUACCGGUAACAAUUACUCACCAUUACCAAAACAAUAA